GAACAGCAGGAGGAGGAGGAAGAGGAGGAAGAGGAAGGAGGAGGCCUGGUGGGGCAGGUGGAGGUGGAGCUGGAAGAAGACCAGGAGCCAGAGGUCACGGUGGAGCCAGGGAGCACCCAGGAGCACUGCGGCCGAGGCAACCACACCAGAUCCUCAGUGGUUCCAGAACAGGCCCCACAGGCCUCGAGGGUUCUGGCCUGGUCCAGGGAGGAGGGAGACGAGGAGGAGAAGGAGGACAAUGGUGAGGAGGAUGAUGGAGACUUUCUGACAUCAAGCUCACGGGGGCUGGUGACCUUUGAGGACGUGGCUGUGUACUUGUCCCUGGAGGAGUGGGAGCAGCUGGACGCAGUGCAGCGCGGCCUCUACACCGACGUGAUGCAGGAAAACUAUGGCAUCCUGGUGUCUCUGGGUUACCCCAUCCCCAAACCCGAGCUAAUCUUCCGCCUGGAGCAGGGGGAGGCGCCAUGGGUCCCUGACAGCCCUCGACCCCAGGAAGGUGAUAUCGUCACGGGCGUCUACACAGGUGCCUGGUUCUGGGCCGACGAUGCAGAGGACCAGGAAGACGAUGACGAUGAUGAGGACUUUCUGGCAGAAGUGGCCGAGGAUGAGAAUGAGCUGCCAGGGCUGUGGUCAGCAGCCUACGGCGUGGGGGACGUGCCUGGCACUUGGGGGCCCGACGACUCAGAUUCAACGCAGACCCCUAGGCGCUGGGAGACUGAGACAGGCGUCCUGGGCGUGCUAGCUGAGGGGGCCACAGCCAAGGCUUUCCCGCCCGGCAGUGAGCCAGGCACAGACCUGUUGGCAGCCCCCUGGACCUUCGCCAAUGCUGGGGUGGCCCCAGCCGGCCGGCCCGAGACCACCUGCAACGUGUGCGGUAAAGUGUUCCCGCACCGCUCGCGGUUGGCCAAGCACCAGCGUUACCACGCGGCUGUGAAGCCGUUCGGCUGUGACGAGUGUGGGAAGGGCUUCGUAUACCGCUCGCACCUGGCCAUCCACCAGCGCACACACACAGGCGAGAAGCCCUUCCCGUGCCCAGACUGCGGCAAGCGCUUCGUCUACAAGUCACACCUGGUGACGCACCGGCGCAUCCACACGGGCGAGCGACCCUACCGCUGCGCCUUUUGCGGCGCGGGCUUCGGCCGCCGUUCCUACCUGGUCACGCACCAGCGCACGCACACGGGCGAGCGGCCCUACCCUUGCACGCACUGCGGCCGCAGCUUCAGCCAGAGCUCGGCUCUUGCCCGCCACCAAGCCGUGCACACCGCCGACCGGCCCCACUGCUGUCCCGACUGUGGCCAGGCCUUCCGCCUCCGCGCAGACUUCCAGCGCCACAGGCGGGGCGGCGGCUGCACAGAUCCUGGCGGCGAUGGCCCGCGGCGGGGACCCAACACAGUGGCGGCGGCACCCGUGGGGGCCGUCCAGGAACCCGAACCUGAGGCUCAGGAGCCCCGAAAGCCGGAUAAGGAUAAAGCGGACACAGAAACGCAGAGAGAGAAGGAAGAGGCGGUGUCCAUGGAGCCGCCCGUGCCACGCGUCCCUGUCCCUGUCCCUCCCAACAAAGAAGACCCCCCGGCCGCCAGGCGCUUCCCGGGGCUGGACAGCAGCAACGGUCAAGGCCCGUCCUCGCAUCCUCUGGGCUUCCCUUUUCCCGUGCAUCCCAAGUCCUGGCUGCACCCGGACGGCUUCCCGAUCCUGGGCCUCCCCAGCUUGGGCGAUCGGCUGCCUUCGGACGGGCGCCCUCUGCCCGGACCCCUGCGGGGAGGCCGUCUCGCCCUGGUGGAGGGCGCGGGCCUGGCGUGCGACCCCUUUGUCCCCGCCGGCGGGCCCGGACCCGGGGCGGGGGUUGGCAGCGGCCGCAACAGCGGGGGGCUGCGUGCCUUCGGGCCGGCCGUCGGGGGGCUGCUGUCCGAGCCGGCGCCCGCCACUCUGGCCGACGAGGAGAGCCCCUGGAUCUGUUCCGACUGCGGCAAGACGUUCGGGCGCCGCGCGGCCCUGGCCAAGCACCAGCGCUACCACGCGGGCGAGCGUCCGCACCGCUGCGCAGACUGCGGCAAGAGCUUCGUGUACGGCUCGCACCUGGCCCGCCACCGGCGCACGCACACGGGCGAGCGGCCCUUCCCGUGCCCCGAGUGCGGCGCGCGCUUCGCCCGCGGCUCGCACCUGGCGGCCCACGUCCGCGGCCACACGGGCGAGAAGCCCUUCGUGUGCGGCGUGUGCGGGGCGGGCUUCAGCCGCCGCGCGCACCUGACGGCGCACGGCCGGGCCCACACCGGCGAGCGGCCCUACGCGUGCGGCGAGUGCGGCCGGCGCUUCGGGCAGAGCGCGGCUCUCACGCGGCACCAGUGGGCGCACGCCGAGGAGAAGCCGCACCGCUGCCCCGACUGCGGCAAGGGCUUCGGCCACAGCUCGGACUUCAAGCGGCACCGGCGCACGCACACGGGCGAGAAGCCGUUCCGCUGCGGCGACUGCGGCCGGGGCUUCGCGCAGCGCUCCAACCUGGCCAAGCACCGGCGCGGCCACACGGGCGAGCGGCCCUUCCCGUGCCCCGAGUGCGGCAAGCGCUUCUCGCAGCGCUCGGUGCUCGUCACGCACCAGCGCACGCACACGGGCGAGCGGCCCUACGCCUGCGUCAACUGCGGCCGCCGCUUCUCGCAGAGCUCGCACCUGCUCACGCACAUGAAGACGCACCGCGGCGCUGUUCCCGCCGCGCCCCCCGUCGCCCCCGCGCCCCCCGCGCUCCCCACACCAGCCUCUGGGGAACGCAGCAGCAGCAGCAGCAGCAGUCUGCGCGACUUUGCAGGCGGCACCAGCUUCGGCUCUGAGACCGCCACCGCGGCAACCUUUGCGGGACCUUCCAGCACCUUGGAGGGCAGCGUCCCCUGAAGCUGGACACCCACUGAGCACACCCACCUUCCAUGUGGGGCGGUUCUCUGGGAGUUCCUGGGAGAUGCAGGGCCUGCCUUGGAGGUAGAAAAAAACAACCCCUGCAAGCUGUACCGGGUGUAGCGGGGAAGACUGGACCAAAACGGGGUGCAGAGGAGGUUAUUUAUAUUUCUCUCUGUCUUGGAGUUUGUAACUAGACCUGAGGGAGGGGAGGGGAUGGGGUCCCUGUGUAGUGCUUCUGGUUGUUAACAUCGUCUCACCCCCUACCUGGGAUGCAACAGGGGACCACCCAGCUUUCUGGAAAGUUCCGCUGGUUCGCACAAGGCUAUGCGGUUUCCGGGGAUGGAUGGAUGGAUGGAAAGCUUGGACUCUGGCUAUUCGCUACUCUGGCAGUAGCAGCUUCU